GAAUCGAUAUGGUUGUUUUCGAAUCUAAAGAGCUCGGAGAAACCUUCUUCGAUAUUUUGAAGAACGCAAAUCACAACGAAAUCGUCAUGAUGGACGCUGUUACGGAAAAGAACUUAACUUUCGGAAAUUUAUUUUUGGGAAGUCUAAGAGUUGCCAAUAAACUGAAAGAUUUUGGUUUGUUGAGUGGUGAUGUCGUUGGUAUAGUGAGCGGAAAUGUACCAGAGUACUUUGUACCAAUAUUAGCAUGUUUCUAUCAAGGAAUCACUGUGCAUCCCUUAAACGCUGCAUAUAAUACAAGAGAGCUGAAGCUUGGUUACAGAAACAGUAGACCCAAAAUAAUAUUUGCAAGCAACGAGACUGUAUCUAAGAUUUUGGAUUUACAGAAUCAAACUGACUACAUCCUAAAAGUCAUCAAUUUUGAUGAUUGUAACUAUUCGGAGAUGGUGGUAUCAGGGGAGUCGUUGGAAACAGUAGAAACGCAAAAUGAAGAAAGCGCUGCUGUGAUCCUCAGUUCUUCUGGCACCACAGGUCAUCCUAAAGACGUGGUUCUCACCAGAAAGAAUAUAAAAAGUGCUUUCAUAUAUUUACAGUUUCCGUAUUUGUACUUCAGACCGGACACAGUGAUGCUUGGUAUAAUGCCGUUCUAUCAUAUUUUCGGGUUCAUGGUUACGUUAGGCUCAAUUAUGGCCCAAUCUAUGACGGUUAUUCUGCAGAAAUUUAAUCCGAAACUCUAUUGCAAGAUCGUCAAUGAUUUCAACGUUGCGUCUCUUUAUAUUGUGCCUUCGACAGGUGUGUUUUUGGCAAAAAAUCCGAUGUUGGAUGAUUACGAUUUCAGCUCCGUCAAAGAUAUUGUAUGCGGGGCUUCUCCUUUAGGUGUAGAACUCCAGACAAUUUUAGAAAAUAAAUUUAAGUGUAAGGUGAGACAGAUGUAUGGGAUGACAGAAACCUGCGGAGUAGUGACCAUGCUUCCAAUGGGUGUAGAGUCGAAGAUUGGUAGCGCUGGAUUGUUGAUUCCCGGUGUCGAAGCGAGGAUCGUUGACGUGGAAUCGGAUCAGGUUGUAUUCGAGCAUGGAAAAAUGGGUGAAAUCUGUGUCCGAAGUGAUUUGAAUAUGAAGGAGUAUUUCGAAAAUGAGGAGGCCACGAAGAUGGCAAGAGAUGAUAAAGGGUUCAUCCGAACCGGAGAUAUGGGGUAUUGCGACGAAGAUGGUUACUUCUUCAUCGUGGAAAGACUUAAGGAUUUGAUUAAAUAUAAAGGUUUUCAGGUUGCUCCCGCUGAACUGGAGGACAUUCUGACAUCACACAGAGAUAUAGUGGACGCUGGGGUCAUUGGUAUACCGGACGAGAGAGCCGGCGAACUUCCCAUGGCAUUUAUCGUGAAAAAGGAGGAUUCCGAUAUUACAGAGGAUAAGGUCAAGGCAUUCGUUGCAGAGCACGUUUCGGCUAACAAGUGGCUCCACGGUGGCGUUCGCUUCGUCAAUGAAAUUCCAAAAGGACCGACUGGGAAGAUCCUGAGGAAACAUCUCCGAUAAUCAUUGAAAAUAUUCAUGCAAAUUGAAUUUUAAUUUAAUAAAUUCGUAAAUAUUCGUUAUUAUUUAUCAAAAUUCAGUAUAUUAUUCA